GCAGGCGCGUCUCCCCGGGAGCUGAGGAGAGCCAGCGGGCUCGCCUUGCGGGUGACCGGGAACACGGGCUUCCGAGUAUUAAAAUUGGAGGCCCUCCCAGCUUGGUGAGGACGUUCGCUAAUUUGGCCAGUUAGAACUGAAUGAAGUGCUGACGAACCGCUCGCUUGGGGGAGACGUGCAUGGCUAAACAUGUAAGGUGGUUCUGGUUUGCGAAAACUUGGUACCAGCACCGCAGUCAUAAGUAAAAAAGCAUAAGCUAGGACUUCUCUCACAUUUGUGUGCUGAGGAGACUCGAUGUUGGCCUCAGCUCCUAGGCUGAAAUCAGCAGAUUGGCUCAUGAAAACUUGUGUAUUGAGACAAAGGAAAGGAUCUAGCAGAAAGCAACGUCUCUUAUCUUGGGCUUGGCAGCAAAGAAGAGGACAAGUAGUGGAAAUCCUGCAAUCUGAAAAGCAGACUGAAAGGUGACAAAGAAGCAGAAAAUGGGUGGUGGAGAGAGGUAUAACAUUCCAGACCCUCAAUCAAGAAAUGCUAGUAAGAACCAACAACAGCACAAUAGACAGAAGACCAAGGAUCAGAAUUCUCAAAUGAAGAUUGUUCAUAAGAAAAAAGAAAGAGGACAUGGGUACAAUCCAUCAGCAGCUGCAUGGCAGGCUAUGCAAAACGGAGGAAAGAACAAGAGCCUUUCUAACAACUCAAAUUGGAAUGCUAGCUUAUCAAGUCCUAGCUUGCUUUUUAAGUCUCAAGCUAAUCAGAACUAUGCUGGAGCCAAAUUUAGUGAACCACCAUCACCAAGUGUUCUUCCCAAGCCACCAAGCCACUGGGUUCCCGUUUCCUUGAACCCUUCAGAUAAGGAAGUAAUGACAUUUCAACUUAAAACCUUACUUAAAGUACAGGUAUAAAAAUUAGAUAAAUACUAAUUUUAAAAUUUGUGAUGUUUACAUAUAGCCAUCAAUAGGCUUGACAUUUCAUGAAAAACUGCUAAUUUUAAGUAUUGAGCAGACAUUGAUUUAUGUGCUGUGUGCACUAUAUUGCAAUAGUGUCAGUUCAAUUUAAGUGACUAAUCAAUUCUUGGUAGUAGUGUUGCUAACUAAAUUCAAGUUUAGAUUUGGGAAAUGGUAAUCAGCCUUUUUAUUGUGAUCUGAAAAAUAAGGUUUAUGGGUCAAUACUCAUUUGAAGAAAGAUGAAAAAGACUGAAGAGAAGGUGCACAGUUGAGUUAUAUAUCCUAGGGUCACCCGAAUCAUCAAAAAAAAAGCUACGUCCUAGGUUGUACAGUAGUAAAUGUAUAAAGGGCAGUUGGAGCUUACUAGAACGAGGCCAAGGAGGUAGCCCAGUGCUGCGUGCGUCCUUAAAUGUAGUGGACAGAGAUAUACCAAGUAGUAUUGAACAUUCAAAGAACAUUUUUAUGCUAUAGCAUCCCCCAAAGCUACUGAGGUGGUCUGGCCUCAUCCAUACAAAGCUUGCUUGAAGCAGGGAGUUAUAUAUGUGAAAAUUAAGUUUUUAGGGAAGAAAGAGCCAUGUAAAUAAAUGUAAUAAGUUUGUAACAUAUGUAAAGUUUUCUUGGCUUUUAUUCUACAAAGUGAGACUAUUUUUUAAUGUGAAUUUGCCGAAUGUCAGGCCCUCAACUUUUUUUAUGCUAUGGCCUAAUUUUAAAGGUCUCCAGUUUUUAAGACUGCCCUUGUACUUAAGUGCCAGUAAAUCAAUGUGACUGGCAUGAACUACAAAGCAAAUCUGUUAGCUGAAAAGACUUAAGCUGCUAUGAUAUUUCCUGUUUUUUAAAAGAUGUUAAGAUGCAGUUUAAGACUCCCUCCCCAAUCUUCUUGAACCCAAAGACUCAUUUUGGCUUUAUCAAUCCUAAAAGUAACUGACGAUUAAGUGCAACCCAGCAUUAUUUAUGAAAAAAGUAAUCUCUUGCAUGGUGGUUAACCCAAAUAGCAAGUUACUUUUCAAUGUUUAUAUUGUAUUUUCUCAAUUUUCAUUGUAUUCCUCAAUUAAGUUCAGAGCAGGCAUUGCCCAUCCUAAAGGACAAUCUCAUAGAUUAUGAUUGAUUCUAAAACAAAAAAUUUGAAAAUAAAAAUUUUUUUCCUCCCCAGUAUAUUGUUUUUAUUUAAAUUAUCUUGAGAUGACUGUGAUGGCACUACUUUUGCUUGCUCUAUGGGAGUUAAGUUAGACCUUUUUCUUUUGAGAUGGGGGUCUCUGUAGCUUGACUGCUGAGAUUAAAGGUGUGUACCACCAUGCCCACGUAGACUCUGACUUACUUUCCUAUACUGCCAAGGGGGUAAAAAGAUCACCUGUGCAACCUUACAAUAAUAAAGAAUCUCAAAAAAAAAAGAAAGAUUAUCCCCAGUUUAUAAUUAAGUACAAAAUUAACAAGUCAAACUAGCAAAAAUUCGUAGUUUGCUGGCAGAGGGAGCCAGAUCUCUAACAGUCUGGUUUAGAAUUCCAGUCUCAAAAAUCCAAGUGUGAUCAUUAGCAAUUGCAUAGCUUGCUUUCUGGUGGAUACAUUUUGCCAAGGAGGGCAUUUUAAAGUAGUUGAACAAUCCCACAUGAAAGCUAUGCAUGCACACUGCAGGACCUAUUUAGAGGAAAAGUUAGAUUAUCAUUUGAUGUCCCAAUGUAAUUCUGUAGACAUAGCUAAUGUUAAAUUCUUUAGUGUCUCUGCAUACACACUUUGUAUGUUAUAAUAAUACAAAAACAUAACUGGAUUUCUAGUUUGGGACUAAAAUGUUUGCUGACCUUAUAAACACGUUAUUAGACACCAAUAAAGCAUACCUGUAUAAGCCCAUUACUUAGGCAGAAACACCAAAAAAUAAAGAGCACUUGGGACUGGCAGGUUGACACACAUUUAAUCCAAACACUGAUCUACAGAGCAAGUUCCAGGACAGCCAGGGCUAUUACAGAAACUGCCUGGAAAACCACAAAAAGCACUCAUGAAGUCUAAGUCAGCCUUCAAUAAGCAUGGUUUCGUGAAUUUCCAGAAAAUGUUCCUGCCAGAGGCAUAAAACAUGGUAGAAUCUACUGGGCAGAGUUGCUCAAGGCUAUUGUGUGAGCUUUCUAUUAUGUAUUUUGGUGGCAGUGAUAGUAUAAGACUCUAUGGCAACCUUAUCUUUAAAAAAAAAAAAAAUAAAGUGCAAAAUAUGAAGA